AUGUUCCGCGCUCGGCCAAAGUCUGUCCGUCCGACUGAAGUCUCGGCCAAAGUCCAAACCACCGGCCGAUCACGCAACACGACCCGGGAAACAUUGCCCGCGGUCGGCCAACGCCACGCCACGACCGCGCACGACCAAAGCGCGCGAGCCGGGAAACAAGGCCUCGCGGCCGCGCAACCCGUUCGCGUACCACGGCCGAUGCAUCCGUCCGAGCCGGGAAAGAACGUCCCACGUCCGGCCGAGAACUCAUCGGCCAAAUCUCAAUCCGCUCGACCACGCCGGCCGACCCGAAUCCGUCCGACCCCGACCGUUCCGACUCGGCCACGACCCGAUUGUCCGGCCGAUCGUCCCGCACGACCGUCCCAACGCCGCGGUCGACCCGAAGCCCUUUUUGAAGCCCAAACUUAUGUUUUCAAGCCCGGCUUAACCCUAGCCGCCUCUAGAAAGACCUAG